AUGGGUCAACGAAUGGCGGGUGAAUCCAUCCUGCGAAUGCGAUUCCAUCUGAGUCUGAGUCGCACAGUGUGAUUAGGUUAACGACGGCCAAGAGAUGCGGUAAUGAGAAUCACAGUGAGACGAGGAAGGGUCUGUGCAAGAGGCCUCACGCGCCGCAAACGACUCCACCAGUUGUCAUAGUGUUUUCGUUGUGAAACAGAACCGGUGGGCAGCGUGCGGCCAAAGUUUCCUUCGAUGGACAACAUUAACGGACUUUCGACGGAAUCGAAAGGCAAUUUACCGCUUCUCUGCCCUGCCCAAGGAUUCCCGGUACCGGUUUAUAGGUACGAUUCUAUAUCUCUGACCACCGGUCCGCAGUGAUAUAUGCUUCAGCAUGAUCGAAAGAAAGGGAACCUCGGGCUGUGUAGGCGAGACUAGAAAUAUUGGGGAAAAAAUCGGAAGGAAAGCACGUUAUUAG